AUGGCGCUACCAGCGGCCCUCAUUCUCCUCUCCUUGCCCUGCGCGUCCUUUGGACCAGCUGCGCAGCGUCGACGAGCCGUGCGGCGGCGCGCGUCGCCGGUCGUCGCGCCGGAGCCGUCCGAGGCCGAGUCGCGCUUCGGCCGGCAGAGCUAUUGGGACGGCGUCUACGCGGACGAGGCGGCAUUCUCGUGGUACUGCAACUGGGCCGACGUCGAGCCGCUGUGGCUUGAGCUCGUGCCCGACCGCGCCGCGCGCGUGCUCGUGCCCGGCGUGGGCAACGACGACGCCGCGGUGGGCCUCGUCGACGCGGGCUUCACGAGCGUCGCCGCGUCGGACUACGCGCCCGAGGGCGUCGCGCGCGCGCGGGCGCGCCUCGGCGACGAGCGCGCGGAUCGCGUGGACCUGCGCGUCGCGGACGCGCGGUCCCUCCCCUACGGCGACGACGCCUUCGACGCCGUCUUCGAGAAGGGCACGCUGGACGCCGUCUUCCUCUCCGGCGGCCGGGACAAGGCCCUGGCCUACGACCAGCUCCGCCUCUGCGCGGCGGAGCUCGCGCGGACCGUGCGCCGCGGGGGCGUCGUGCUGAGCCUCUCCGCGCCCGCGACGGAGCCCAUCGACCGGGCCUUCCGCGAGUGCCGGAGCGACGGCGGCGGCCGCUGCUGGAAGCAGCUCAUCGACGGCGACAGCUUCGUCACGGACGACGGCUUCGCGAGCAUCAACGUCGACGCCACCAUCCUCGCCUGGGAGCGGCUUCAGCCUCGGAGAGCUAUGUUGCGCGCCACGGCCGCGCUGCUGCUCGCCGGCGCCUCGGCGCGCGGCAUCGAUCCGCAGUAUGCCGAAAACCUCACGUUGUACCACGUGAACCCGCUCCACGAGGGCGUCAUCCCCAGCGACAUGGACACGAGCGACCUCAACGGCGACAUCUUCUUCGAUCUGAAGAGCGCGGUGACGCCCGUCGAGUGCGCGUCCGGCCGGGGCUGGAGCGGCGACUGCGAGAACGGCGAGGUCGUCGACGGCGACCUCGUCAUCUCCAAGCUCGUCGUCGAGGUCGACUCGCGCUUCGGCGAGUACGGCAUGUGCAACAUCUGCGUCAACGGCACGGACCCGCUGUCGCGGCUGCCCUGCGCGACGGGUGAGUACAUCUGCGCGUGCCCCAAAUACGACCGCUUCCGCCGGCGCCCCGUCUUCGAGGUCUGCGAGGGCCCCGCGGUCGGCCGCGAGAACAUCUCGCAGACCUUCGGCCGCUACGGCGACUGCACGUGGGACAAGUACGUCGAGGAGCCCUGGGGCUGCUGGUCCGGCAACGUCUGGAAGAAGACGGGCGGCGAGUGGUACUCGACGUUCAAGGGCGCGCGGUGCGGCGACGGCGACGGCGCCUGCACGUGGCGCGUCGCCGAGGUCGUCAAGGUCGUCAACAAGACGUGCUCCGACGACUCCGUCUUCUCCAACAUCGAGGCCCACGACGCCGUCGGCUGCUUCGACGGCUGCGGCGGCAAGGGCGCGGCGCGCAACGUCUCGUCGGCGUGCUGGGUCGGCUGCUUCUACCGGACGAUCCUGGGCGCCGACGGCAUGAUGCCCACGGGCGCGGACUUCGCGACGACGGGCGUCUCGCUCGACGACCUCGUCGAGGCCUGGGACGCGCCCUUCAACUCCGACGACGCCGCCAAGGGCGGCUGCCCCGCGAUCCCCGUCGCCUAG